CUGGAGCGCCUCAGCAGCCCUCGCCUUUUUCCAAAAGGAAAAAAAAAAGCGAGAAAGGAGGAGCGGUCCAUGAUCCCGCUACCUGACACCCCUUGAAAGCAGGGAGUGAACUUGGGGCCUGUUGAAGGCGGCAAACUUUCCCGUGGCGGCGGCGGCGGCGCCCUUCCCUCGGCGAGCCUAGCGAGCGGCCUCCGCCGUGGUCCCUCGUCGAGCAGCGCGCGGGGAGAGCGCUCGCUGCUUCUGCUUCUUCUUCUUCCUCCCCUCCUCCAUUGUUCCCGCCCCUUCUGGUCUCCGCCGGCUGCCGCCGUUGCAGCUCCUACCUCCGGCCCCUUCCCCUUCCGCCGCCUCCAUCUCAGGCUCUCCGGCGGCUGAGCGCGGAGAGCGCCUCGCCCUGCCCAGCCCCCGUCCCCGUCUCGGUGGGGAGGAGAGUCCCCGGGCCCCCCGGCGCCAUGUCCCGGUACACGCGGCCUCCCAACACCUCGCUCUUCGUCAGGAACGUGGCCGACGCCACCAGGCCUGAGGAUUUGCGUCGUGAAUUUGGUCGGUAUGGCCCUGUAGUAGACGUAUACAUUCCGCUUGACUUCUACACAAGACGCCCAAGAGGAUUUGCUUAUAUACAGUUUGAAGAUGUUCGUGAUGCAGAAGAUGCUCUUUAUAACCUCAAUAGAAAGUGGGUAUGUGGCCGGCAAAUUGAAAUACAGUUUGCACAAGGUGAUCGCAAAACACCAGGUCAGAUGAAAUCGAAAGAGCGGCGCCAGUGUUCUCCAAUGGACUACAGAAGGUCAAGAAGCCGUAGCCGAAGGAGGACACGUAGCAGAAGUUCUUCAUGGGGCUGGAGCAGGAGACAUUCUGAUAGUUUUAAAGAGUCAAGGCGUAGACGACAUUCUUACAGCCAAUCUAAGUCUCGCUCAAAAUCUCUUCCAAGGCAUUCCAGCUCGCCCAGACGAUCCAUCACCCCGCAGAGAAAUUCUAGUUCUAGGGGAAGGUCGCGAUCCAAGUCACCCCACAGAAGUUCCAAAUACGUUGAAAAGUCACCAUCCAGUUCCCAUCGAAGACGUUCCGGUUCGAGAACAAAGUCACGAUCACAUCCAAAACGUUCCGGCUCAGCUACCAGAUCCCUGUCGAAAUCCCCUCGGAAACAUACUAAUUCCAGUUCUCGCUCACACUCUAGGAGCUUCUAUCAGAGAAACAGCAACCAGUCAGUAUCUGAAGAAGAUUAAUGCCUCUAUUUCUUUAACACCGUUUUUUAUGAGCACAAAAUAAGGAGAACAGAAAUUGUCCAAAGCUUAUAUGAUAUGUAAGGUAACUGAUAAAUGAGAGAUCUUGCUAUGUGCCCUUUCAGUCCCUGCUUCAGUGUGCAGAACUCCUUUUAAGAUUUUAUUUUUAAUUUUUAAAGAAACAUUUACCUAGUCUAGAUUCUAUUUCCCUGGACUUGGAACCCAAUAGUAGGCAAUCCUGUGCCCAAGUUAAGCUCCCUGCAUCCAUGCAAGCUGUCGUUAGUCCUGGCAGUGAUGUAACUUCAGCUGCUGAAAGACCAAUCAGCUUUCCUUAUCAGAACUGUAAUUGCCUUUUGCUCCAUGUUCUUUCAGUUGGCAGAACCUAAUGUCAGUUUAACAUUGUGCUGGAUAGAAGCUGUAUGAGAGGUUUCCUCCUGUUUAAUGUGGGGAUAGAGGCAGAGCCAUUCAGCCAUGCCCUCCUUGGCUCUCGCAUAAUGCUUUUGUAGAUAUUGUAGUGCAAGCAAGGCUUGUACUGCAUAUCUACACCUGGAAAAGGGCAGAGCUGCUCAACAAGUAGCCUUUUGCUAUUCGUUUUAACGUGACAUGAAUUGGAUGAAGCUACAGGUUGUUUUACUUCAUUUUGCUGUUUUCUUUGGCAUUAUUUUUCUGCCUGCUUUAUUGUCAUACCAAGAAUAACCAGUUCAAAUCUGAGUCUACUGUUCUUGUAUGUUCUUUGGGAAAUUAGGGUCUUUUGUUGAGGGUGGGGGGUGCUGAGGGAGGCAUUAUAAUGUGUGUGUUGAGUUUGAAAUGCCAUUUCAAAUUCAGGUGGUCUAAUUGUUUCAGAUUAGAGAAGUACAUUAGCAGGCUAGUAUGGGAAAUUUUGUAUAACAUAGGGUAGUUGGAAUCUCACAUCCUUCCGAGUUUAUGUUUUUUAAAAUAUAAUUUAUAUUUAAAAGCCUAGCAAUUUAUUUCCAUUUGGGGGCUCCAUUUUGAAAGAGAAGUGCUAACCGAUCUUAAUUAACUUCUAUCGAAAUCCCAAUCUAUAGAUCUGCAAGCACAUUAAAGCUUUUGGAACUCAAUUUUCUUGUCAAAUAGAUGAUGGGCAAGAGGGAGAAGGAGUACCCAGAUAGCCUUUCCUUUCCUUCACCAACGUACAGGCUGUGCAUGCAGAUUUGGCAGUGUGUUGGGAUGGGGUGCAUUUCAGUCUGGUCUGAAUAUGCAGCAGAAUGAGGUACAAGUAAAGGGCUGGAAUAGACUGUACUGCUUCAUAUGGGCAAUACCACUUUUGAAUGCUCUCUCUGUUUUUUUAAUUCCCAAAGGCAAUGAAAAUAGAAAGUCAUAUCAGGCAAAUAGUUUGGCUACAAUCUACUCCCUGUUGUACUUACCUUCUAUUGGUAGGGAGUGUUUAACAUAAGGGAACAUUCAAAAUGUGAUUUAUCUACAAACCGGAAUUGGUACAGUUCACUCUAUGAAAACAUUCUGCUGUAUGUGUAAGAUACAGCCUCUGAUCCUGUACAGUGGUCUCUCAGCAUUUGGAAAGUGGAUGAUUAUCACAUUGUCAGUCACUGGAUUGUGACUAAUGCUUAGUAGAAAGCAGUCUAAUAAUAUGUGAUGGAAAUUUAAAAAGUGGUAAUUGGUUAUAUAAAGUCAUUUUGUAAUACUGUAAUAUAAGUUGUUAAGCACAUGCUUUUCAUGUGUAGUCAAAACAUUUUUGUGAAACCCUUAAAACAGUAAUAUUUGUAGUGUAAGAAUCUUGCUACAUUAUAUAUUUUCGAACUGUCAUUGUAUUAUGAGAUUAAUGUAGAAGACACCUUCUUCAAACAUUUUAAAGUUCUGAGCCCCUGAAACUAUUGAACUAUUGAGUAUAAAAUAAUUAUUGGCUUGUCUAACCCAAGUAACAGAAGGUAUUCUGAAAAUACUUUGUAUUUUAUAAUAUGUUACAUUUGCAUUGUGUAGUAAUGUUUGGGAACCUAUAAUUUGUGUUUAAGUGUAUAGUACUAGCUGUGAUGUCUGUUACAUGGUACAAGCAUUGUAUUAAGUAACUGUGGUGGCAGUAAAACCACGUUUCACUUCAUGAGCAAUUAUACAAUUUUGUGUUGGAAAUAGCAUUAUUGUUAUUUCAUAACUUAAGAUAUUAUUUUCAAUAAAACACAUAAAGUUC